GCAAGAAGCACCAAGCUCACAACCACGCUGCCGCUCGCUCUCUAUCACUUCCCCGCAUUGCAUACCGUCCUAUCGCAGUAAUAGAAUUCAUCGCAUUUAUCUGCAAUGGCCAAGGAAAUCGAAGAGAAGAAGCUGAAGAAGGAGAAGAAGGACAAGAAGGAAAAGAAAGAGAAGCGCGCGGAGACCGACGGCGUUUCCAAGCCCAAGAAGGAGAAGAAAGACAAGAAGAGCAAGGAUGUCGCAGACGCUCUCGAGGCUGCGAUUGAGGAGCCUGAGGUCUCCAUGAUGGAGAUUGACAGCGGUGCUGUUGUCGAGGGUGAAGAGCCCUCUGGCGCACUCGUCCCCUUUGCUUUCCCUCUCGCCGACAACGACAAGGAGGUCAAGAAGAUCUUGAAGACCGUCAAGAAAUCUGCUAAGACAAAGACCCUUCGUCGUGGUGUCAAGGAAGUCGUUAAAGCUCUGCGCAAGUCGCAGGGAUCCGGCAACACAGCCGACCUGAACGACCCCUCUGCGAUCGUCGUCAUCGCCGCCGACAUCUCGCCCAUGGACGUUAUCUCGCACAUUCCCGUUCUGUGCGAGGACCACGGUAUUCCCUAUAUCUACAUCAAGUCGCGCGCACAACUCGGCGAGGCCAGCGCAACCAAGAGGCCCACUUCUGUCGUCAUGGUCGCAAAGGCCGGGUCAGGCAAGAAGGCCAAGGAUGUCAAGGCGGACGACGCAAACGAGUUCGAGGAGGCUUACGGCGAGCUGCAGAAGCUGGUCUCCAAGGCCGCAAAGACAGUGCGCAAGUAGACGGCGCGCGAUGAGCAUGUGAUACGUGUGGCAUUCCCCGAUGCAUCAUCUGCAUGUUGGAUUCUUACUGUGCAAAAUGGGAGAGGAGUAUGGCGUUUCGACCUGCUGGGCAUCUCUAACCCGGUGUUGUUUACUAUUGGAGGUGGGCGUGUGUCUUGUAUCAUGAAAGUACGACGCAAUCAACGCAAUGAAACGUCCAAAGUUCAUACUGA